AUGCCCUCAGACCAGGCUGCAAUACCCUCAGACCAAGCUACAACGCCCUUAGGCUCUCCUCCCGAUGGUCCCUCCGGUAACCCCCCUUGGUAUGCCCCACCCUUCCCUGAUGGCAUUUGGAAUAUUGGGGGCGUGCCAGAACGUCUCCUGUGCCACCCGGUGAUACAACAGCGGGGAAUACACCUAAGCCACGCCCUCAAGCCUGGCGUCGUGUUCAUAACGCUAGUUGCACCAGCGCCAGCACUCCUAGGGACGCAGAUCGUGAAGAUUCUCAACACGGCUCGCGAGGAGAUCGCCAUCUACGAGCGACUCCUGCCAGAACUCCAUCGUCCGAACAACCACACACUCCCAUGCGAGAUCACGCGCAUCGACCACCCGUUGCUCAUCAUGCCGCGCAUUGACUGGGUGGACUUCAUCUACGGGCGCAGCUGGACUCUGCACCAACUCGUGGACGUCAUCUUCCAGGUCGUAGAGGGUAUCGAAUUUCUCCACAGUAUGCACAUCGCGCAUCUGGACAUGCACAGUGAAAAUUUACUAGCAGGGGUCGAUUGGGCCGCGCGCGACCACCCAGAGAUCGUCGAGAAUCGGGUGUACAUCAUCGACUUCGACAGUUCGCGGCAGUUCACACUUGGGCCUGGCGUGCAACCUGCCAUUACGCUCCCUGCCACGGUCGAAGUCCCGCCCAACGGCAUGACGCGCUUCGACCCGUACUCGUGGGAUAUAUACUGCGUGGGGCGCACGUUGGAGUACAUUGUAAAGAGGACAAAGGAGCCGCCACACUGGAUCGCACAGAAGUGCCUCCAAUGGCUCAUUUGGAAAGAGCGGGGCUGCACUAGCGUGUGCUGCUGUCGUCCGACGGCGCGUACUGCACUUCGGGUGCUGGUUGUGCUCCGAUGGGCCGUAUGUUCUGUAGACGAUUAUCCUUGGAUUGUUCAGGCUCUGUCGUGUCUCCUGUGGACCCGUCACUAA